AUGAUAAUUUUCACAAGGUGUUCAUUAAACAAUGAUGAAGUACUUAAUGUUUUAAAACUAUUUGAUAAUAAUCAUGUGAAAGACAUAAGGAAGCAACAUACAGCUAAUGAAAUGUCAAGACGAACACUCAUAAUCAUUCAUUGUUAUUACAAGUUACUCGUAGUUCGAUUGCAAAAGGCGACAUAUCCGAACAAUAACAAUCAUGAGAAAACAAUUCACAUAAAUUCUAAAGUGUUGAUGAAAAGAAUCUUGCGUCAUCAGACUUUCACGAUUACAUUAUCUCAGAUUUCUUCAACAAACAUGAAUCAACAAGAAAGUCUGAAAUUAUUCUUCCCUAAAUUUAAGAAGGAAACUCUUUUAAUAAACACUCAAAGCAUGUUCUAA